AAUACUAUCUCUGCAAUAUCUUUUUUCUCAUCCUGGUCGCUUUUCCAACUGAAAUUGAGAAAAUCAUCAUUUGGUGAAGUGAAUAGUGAUGAUCAUUAAGUAAUUUUGUUUUCGUUUUGGAUUUAAUUUUGAUUUUUAUAGUGAUAAAGUUGGUGAAAAUGUCUACAAAUAUUCAUAAUCAAGUUAUUUCAUCAAGUGGGACCGUUUUCACUGUAACCAAGCCUGUUUCAAGUCAAAGUGGAUCAAAUCAACAGCCACAGAUAUUGACUCAAGUUGUCUCUAAUCCAGGCAACCAGCCUAAUUUUUCACAAGUUAUUUUAGCACCUAGUCGACCUGUAUCAAAUGCUGUAACCGUGACGCCAACAACAACGGGUAUAAAUCAAGCCCAAAGAGGACUACCACCUAGAAUAAUUAAUUUACCUCCACAAGUCAGAUUAGCUCCUCAAACCAUCAUUACCAGACCGGGAAUCUCUGGGAUCCAGCAAGGAUAUGCAUUACCAGGAUUUGGUAAAAAUGCAAUUCUCAUCAAAUCUGGUGAUGGUCAAUUUCAAUUUGUUAAUGUUGCUCCAAACAUGAAUCCAACACCCGGAGCACAAACUAUUAGACUGACUGUACCAGUGACAGGUGUAUCAACGAUACCGCAAUCUACCAAUGUGGGAACAACAAUAAGAGCACAGCCACAAAUGACUGCUGUACCGAACUCUGCAGUAAUCACUUCUAGAAGUGGCCAACCAGUACAACUAAAUCAACAAUUAACCAUUCAAACCACCACGGCAAAUGCCCAAGCUGCAUCUUCCCAACCAUCUCAAAUGUCACCGAAUACAGCUAAAACGAAGUGCAAAAACUUUUUAUCCACAUUAAUUAGAUUAGCCAGUGAUCAGCCUGAACAAACUGCCACCAAUGUGAAAAACUUGAUCCAAAGCCUUAUCGAUGGAGCAAUCCAGCCCGAAGAGUUCACCAAUCAACUGCAAAGUGAGCUACAUUCUUCUCCUCAACCGUGUCUUAUACCAUUUCUCAAAAAAAGUUUGCCUUAUCUUCGACAUUCAUUGAUGAUGCAUGAGAUGUCAAUCGAUGGUGUCCGGCCUCCUCCUCCUGGCUCUGUCCAAUUACCACCUCAGCAGCAAUCAACCUCUCAAAUUCAGAUUAACCCGCAAUCUAGACAAACAUCCAUUCGUUUAGUUGCAGCACCAAUGACAAAUCUGUCUCAACUACAUCAGGGAGCUACCGUUAUAACUGGCAUUCGUCCACAAAAUAGUUAUUCUUCAUCGUCAACUGGGACCACAAUAACAGCUGUGACAACAGCACAAAUAUCCAGCAAAAUGCCACUUAUAUCGCAAAACAGUGCUAGAGCUAAACCAUCAGUAGCCAAGGCAAGAAAUAUAGCAUUAUCCAAAGAAAAAGAAAAGAAAAGCUUUGUUUCAACACUUCGUGAUGAUGACGAUAUAAACGAUGUUGCUGCUAUGGGAGGUGUAAAUUUAGUGGAAGAAAGUCAAAGAAUAUUGGCGACUAAUGCAGAAUUCGUUGGAGCUCAGAUUAGAUCUUGUAAAGAUGAAAAUUUUCUAUUCACCAAUCCUCUUCAAAAUCGUAUUAACGAAAUAGCUAAAAAGAAUGGUCUCGAUGAUGUGCUUUCCGAUGUUGUGUCACUAGUCUCUCAUGCAGCGCAAGAGCGUUUAAAAACUUUAGUUGAAAAAUUAGGAAUCAUUGCUGAACAUAGAAUGGAAAAUUUUAAGAAUGAUCCUCAUUACGAAGUUACACAAGAUGUUAGAGCACAAACUAAAUUUCUCGAAGAAUUGGAUAGACUGGAAAAGAAAAGGCACGAAGAACAAGAAAGAGAAAUGCUAAUGCGAGCGGCUAAGAGUCGAUCAAAAUUGGAAGAUCCUGAGCAGCUUAAGUUGAAACAAAAGGCAAAGGAAAUGCAAAGAGCUGAAUUAGAAGAAGCUCGCCAAAGAGAAGCAAAUGAAACUGCUUUACUAGCCAUAGGUCCUCGUAAAAAGAUGAAAACAUCAUUCUCAUCAGAUAAUAGUAUAAAUAAUUCAUUCAUAAACAACUCAUCGAAUAACCAACAAGGCCUAUCAUUCUUUUCAAGUACACCAGCAAAGACACAGAUGCGUCGCUUCAAGCGAGUCAAUAUCCGUGAUUUACAGUUUUUAAUGGAACAAGAACGCGAAAUGAUUCGAAGUAUAAUGCUUUAUAAAGCAUAUGUCAAAUAAUAUUAUUUAAAGAAAAAGUGAAUAAGUAAUUCGUAAAUCAACUUUUAAUAAAAUUGGAUGGUAGUUAACAACCUACCAUAAUCACCAAAGGAGAACUCAAAAAAUGCGUUUCAGUCUAAUUAGAGAUAAAUUAUGCAUUACCGCUGUUUCUUUCUUGUUUUUCUUGGAUAUCCAAAGCUUUUCCGGUAAAAAAACAAAUAGGGAAACAAAGAAGGAAUUUUGAGGACUUUAUUCAUGUUUAAAGCUGUCUUUAAUGCUAUUCUAAAAAAGAUAGCAUCUUAUAUUUCAUCAUCACUUUCACCUACACUUUCAUCAAAAAAAACAUCUCAUCUUUAAAUUCACCUUCAUCGCAACCAUCUCUAUCGUUUUCAACGUUUCAACUGAAGCUCAACAUUUUAUCAGAAUGAAUAUAUGACAGGUUAAACAUUGAAACAAUAAAUACAGAUUAUCUUUUA